UACACGUAUAUAAUAAUUAGAAUGAAAAAAAUCUUAUAUGUGUGUCAGAUCUAAUUAAAGCCUCUAAAACAAUGAAAAAAGAAGAAUUCACACUACCUAUGCCAUGGGGGCAAGUAGCAGGGGUGGCUUGGGGGGAGCCCAGUGACCCGAUCGUGUUAUGUUUUCAUGGACUACUGGAUAACGCUGGGUCCUUUACAAGGUUAAUACAAUUUUUACCGAACUGUUUUUAUUAUGUUUGUGUCGAUUUGCCUGGGCAUGGACGUUCUGAUCAUUUCCCCCCCAAUUUACCUUUGUACAAUUUAGAUAAUUUAAUGGUUUAUAUAUUGGUAGCGAAGCAUUUUAAUAGGGACAAGUAUGUUAUAAUGGGGCACUCAUAUGGGGCUCAGUUGGGGUAUUUUUACUCACAAAUGUAUCCAAAUAAGGUUGAAAAAUUAAUAAUGUUGGAUGCUAUAACAAUGUGGCCGAUACAAAGUGGCAUAUCUUCUAAAUAUGUUAAACACAUAUACGAAACGUUUCUAAAAGUGGACGAAAAACUAAAAACCAACAAACCACCUGUGUAUACCUACGAAGAAGCUCUAGAAAAAGUGGCCACUAAACGGUUAUACAGCGAGCUUUCACUUGAAGCAGCCAAAGUAAUCUUAGAGCGUAACAUCAAAAAAAUCGACGACAACAAAUACAUUUUUACUGUAGAUCAACGACUAAAAGACUACAUGGCACCUUUAAACGACACUCGUUACAAAGCUGAUUCAAUAAUUAAAAACCCUGUAAAGUGUCCUGUUUUAAUGAUUUUAGCAACAGAGUCCACGAUUAAUAAGGGGUCUUCUUCAACUUUGGUCCUUACAAAGUCGAAAUCGCCCUUGUACGCGUAUUCGUAG